AUGGUGAGAGUUUCAAGGAAAGAAUGGGCGAAGAAGAUUGAUGACGCUCUCUGUGCUUUCAAAACGGCAUUCAAAAUAUCCAUUGGGAUUCCACGUUAUCAACUUGUCUAUGGCAAGGCUUGUUACUUGCUAGUGGAACUGGAGCAUACAACAUAUUGGACAACAAAGUUUCUUAACUUUGAUACAAAGACUGUGGGAGAGAAGAGGUUGCUUCAACUAAAUGAGCUUGAUGAGUUUAGAGUGAAGGCUUAUAAAAAUGCUAAGCUUUACAAGAAGAAGACUAAAAUGUGGCAUGACAAGAGGAUCUCCACAAGAACAUUUGAUCCUAGACAAAUGGUGCUUCUUUUCAAUUCAAGGUUAAAGCUCUUCCUAGGAAAGUUGAAGUCUAGAUAG